ACCCAAUCGGCGCCCAAACCCGAGCAUUGUACUCGUAAUUCCUCCGCGUUUCGGAGCUCGACCCUUCGUUUCAAUGGCGGAGGAAGCGCAUGCCGAGAUUGAGGAACUCCAGCACGUGACUUCCGAGCCACAGCACGUGACCUACAAGCUCGUUCCAUGGCUGAACUGGGACGAAUGGAAUUACGUCAGGAAAUCUCUCUUCUCUCCUUCGCCAGACUCCGUCGCUGCCGCUCUCCGAAGAAUAUCGGCAUGGCAAGCAAGGGGGCCCCUUCCCGUAGCGGUUGAAGUAACGGCAGCGAUUAUUGAAGUUCGGCAGAAGGAUCCUUCUUUUGGGGAGGGACUGGCCAAUGAUGCUAUGAGCUCUGAUGAGAUGCUUGCAAUGUCAUACUGCAUGGCGAUCAUUAGGCUUGUGAAUGGUUUUGUUGAGAAGUCUUGUAAAGAAAUGAGAACUCUACCAUUCAAGAAAAAGGGCGUGAGACUUUCAAUUUCCGUUUUGGCUGAGGAAAUUGGUAUCCCGCGUAUGCUGGUUGAUAUUCGUCAUGAGGGCUCUCACCGUGGUCUUCCUUCACUUCCGUUGGUUCGCUCUGCGAGUGUGAAGGCACUUGAUUGGCUAAAGUCUAAGUAUUGGGAGCCUCAAAGGAAAGCGAUUCCUAAUGUUAGAAAAGAAACCAAGUCUAGAAUGCGUGAGAUGGUUUUCUCUUUAAAUGUUAAGCAGGCUCGGCGAUCGGAACCUUCACAAAGCAAAGGAAAACGUGCUAAGUCUGCUAAGCAUACAAAAUUGCUUUCUGGACGCUUCUCCCAUGUAGCUAUGCACCAAUGUUCCAAAGCUGGAGGUUUAUCGGUAAAAAACAUAGGUUUUAAGAAACCGAGCACUAUUUUGGGGAGUCUUAUUCGGUUAUACUCUACAUUCCCUUUGAAAGUAGUGGCAGUGUUGUUGGAAGAGUUCUUGUUGAAGAUAUCCUACUCCAGAGAUGCGAUUGAGGUUGCAGAGUGCGGUGGUAAUUCUCAGGUCGAGAUCAUUCCUGGCGAUCCAAAAUCCCGUGUAGGCACAAUUGGGGAUUGGAAAGCCAUCAUAACCAGAUUGUCGAGUAAGGAGCCUGCAUUAUUACUGACAAUGGUUGAGGAAGUUCUUGGAAUGAUCGAGGCUCGGGAAAAUAUGAAAUUUGAAACUGGAGACAUUCAGAUCCCAACAUCAAAAUAUCGGGCAGAGAUCCAUCAAAUUGAAAACCUCUCUUCUCUGCUUCCAUGGCUCCUUAAGAAUCUGAAAGAAGCGAAGGGUUCCGGUCCCAUCCAAUCCAAACAUGAUACUCCACUUGCUACUUCGGAAGCAAUGCUCCCAGACCUAUUACGUAAAUGUCUUGCGUUACUGACUCCUGGCAAUACCCAUCUCUUGGAUUCUGUUCUGCUCCUAGCAGAGAUGAUAGGAAAGAAUUCUCUAACUGAGAGACUCAAGAAGCUGAUGCUGAGUAGCACGCCAGACCCAGAUCUUGCAUCCGAAAACACGACUGGCAUGGAUCUUGAACGUGCCCUUGUACAGGAAGAGGAUUCCAUUAACCGGGCCGCAAAGAGGCUGGAGUUUCUAAAAUUACACCGUGCGAAGGGUAAAACUGUGAAUACGGAGUCAUGCAAUGGCAAUAUGGAGAGAAGGCCGUGGACUGUGGCCCGGUCAUGGAGUAAGUGUCCGAUCGGUAUGUUGCCCCGUGCUUUUGGGUCUUCGGGGGUCCUUCCUGUUCUUGAUUGGACUGGCAGCAAUCGGCUAGAAAAUGAAAGAUCCAUUGAAAAAGAGGACUGCAGUGAAGGGAGACAGCGUGCUGGCAAGAGAGAAGCGAGCUGCGACAUUCAGUUUUUGGAGGAUUCAAGUGUUGUAAAGAAGAUUAGGGAGACUGUGAACAUUGGUGGGUUGGAGGGUCGAGAUGAUUCACGGGUAUCUCUGGUUGAAGGUCGAUUGAUGAUAGGUGGGGUGUGGAAGAAGGUUGGAGAGGAAGAACUGCGAGCCAUUGAGUCUGGGAUUAGGAUUUUGGUGUAGCCAAUGCAUUUGGAGUCGAGAAGUACUUGUGUUAUUUUAUAUUAAAAAAAGUGGGGUUCAAAGGGCUAUCGAUGGGCCUGGAUCGGGCCAAGCAAUAUCAAAAUUUGGAAUGGGCCGGCAUGAACAGUUCAAGUCCGGGUCGAAGCGAACCCCCCUGCUCAG